UCCACGCAACUGAAUCUGAGUUUGAAUACGUUCGGGUUCCACGCAUUCGUUGCUCGCCAUGACCACGCCACAGGACGAGGAUGGGCAGGACACCGUCCAAACCACAUCCUCAACACUCUCAAAAUCAACCACACCCGCCGGAUUCCCCUCCUUCCCGUCAUUCUCCACCUUCAACCCCACCACAAUCGCUCUCCCAUCCUUCCCAUCCUUCAAAACAGCCCAAACAAUCCCGCCCCCGCAACCACCCCCUUCAAGAUCACCCGCCUUUCCCGUCCCAGACGCACCCCCCCGACGUCCGCGAUCACCGUCCCGAAAAGCAGAUAGGAAGAGGCGACGGAGCAGUAGUAGGAGUGUAGACUCAGACGAUGGUGAUCGGUCGGAGACGAACCGUGGUGGGAGAAAGCCGUCGAAGAAGAAGAAGAACCAUCGCAAGGAGGGAAAGAAGAGGAGACGCUCUAGAUCAAGGUCGAGAUCUAGGGAUGCAAAGAAGCGGGAGGAGUUCACGUUCAAUAAGAACUCGGCAUAUCAUAAUGUCAUCGAGACGACCGAUUUCGUUCUUGAUCGGAAAGGCGAUCGCCGAAACUUGGCGUACCAACGUGGAACUAGCUCCACGUUGAGCUACAAGCGUUGGGGAGACAUGGUUUUGGGUGCUCCGUCGGAUUGGAGAAUCGACAGAUACGCCACGCGCAAGAGCCGUGACGUUGUCGUUUAUCGGUACAGACCGAUGGAUUCAAGCUCUCACGGAUUGGGGAAAGUGCGAUAUCAAGAUUUCAAACGUGUUCUCAAAGAGCCUGGCAUUCCGAUGAGGCUGAAAUCAAAGGACGAUGCGACCCGACAAGAACACGAUAGCGGUGACUUCAUCUCUAUCGCCGCUGACCCAGCUUUAAAGUCCGACAUCCCGUCAGAUGUGAUCUCCGAGGAUGCCCACUUUACGGAAGAGACUGCGAAAGCUAAUAAACGGCUGCGAGAGAACCCAAAAGACCUUUCCUUAUGGCUUGAGCUCAUCAAACUGCAAGACACCCUCCUCCUGAACAAAGAGGACAAAGGAAACCUCAGGGUGGCAGUACACGAGAAGAAACAGGCGAUCUUCGAGUCCGCGCUCAAGGAACUGCCCAACAACGAGGAACUUUUAUGCGGCUACAUGGCCAGCUGCCAAGAAACCUACGAGACGACCGCAAUCCUCACAAAAUGGGACAACGUCCUCCGUGCGAGUUCCAACUCGAUCGAAUUAUGGAUGCAGUACAUCGAUUUCCGACAAACCAUCUACGGCGCGUUCAGCGUGUCGUCGUGUAUCGAGCUGUACGAGGAUUGCAUGGACACGAUGCGGAAGGAUACGAAAGCAGGGGCAGUGAAGCGGGAGGAAAUCCUUACGCAUUUGUUCACACGGGCUUGUCUGCUGCUGUACCAGUCGGGCUUCCGUGAGCGCGCCGUGGCGUUGUACCAGGCGAUCAUCGAGUUCAACUGCUUUUGCCCGCCGGCGUUUCGGACCCAGACGUAUGAACAGCGUUUGGGCAUGUUUGAGUCGUUUUGGGAAAGCGAGGUCCCGCGAUUUGGGGAGGAUGGCGCGGAGGGAUGGGCUGCCAAUAUCCUCAAAACAGGGAAGCCCGCUGACGCUCCAGCGCCUCCUAGUCCACCGCCUGAAAUGGACGACGAGGAAGAUGAAUAUGCGAGGUUCUUGUAUGAGGAGACACAGCAGGAUUACAGGAAUUGGCUACCUCUCCGUGAAGCGGCGGACGAUAACGGUAUAGAUGAUCCGUACCGCACCGUCAUGUUCGAUGAUGUGUCCACGCUCAUGUUUGAUGUCCGACACGAGUCGACGAGGCAGCAACUCAUUCAUAAUUUCUUGCAUCUGCUGUCGGUGCCGCUCAACGGUGGCAUCUCGUCAUCGCAUCUGUUCUUUCGCGACCCGUUCCUGCAUGGAGAGCUGGCCAGUCAUGUGUCCUCGAUGGGGUUCUGGCCGCCGUCAUUGGAUUCGCUCCCGAUGAUUGCGGAUGCAGGACAUUCUGCGAAUGACAGCGAAGACGAGGCUGAUGCAGACCCACGCGCAAAACUCCCCGACAUUCCCAUCAAAGUCUGGCCGCAGACGCCCAAUACCCUCUCCGAAGCCGGGACAUGGUUCCGUCUCUGGACGGAGCGAGACGUCCAUAUCGUCAAAUCAGCCGGGCGGGGCAGGCACGGUUUCGUCAAUAACAUCCUCGCACAGACGCAAAACAUGGAUCCACCACUGCAACGAGAUUUCUUGCCGUUGCAAUAUACCCUCGAAGCGGCCUUCAAUGCCAAACGGGCGGCCAAACUCGCCAAGCAGCAGUUGAAAACUGAGCGGCAGAAUCUGGAAUUGUGGGACGCUUAUGCGCAGAUUGAUCUUGCGCAGGGGAGGACGAAGGAGGCGAGGAGCGUGUAUGAGGUUGCGUUGCAGUCCUAUCGCACAUUCCCUAAAGACAAGCAGACAUCGGCACCCGCGCUGUACCACAACCUCGCGGAACUGGAGUACCACGCUGGAAACAUCCCGCGCGCCAUCACGGUGCUACUCGCCUUUGCGCUAGACGAGCCUCUUCCGCCAAGCUCACCACAAUCUCAAGCCGCGGGAGAUUCUUCCAAUCACCAACCCACUCCCGUAAAAAUCAUAAAAGCCCGCAAAUCCCUCCUCGAAAAACUCUCCUCCCUCCUCGACCCCACCAUGCCCCUCUCCUCCCCCCCUGCCACCCUCUUCCUCCACACCCUCGCCUGCUACGCCCUCACCGAAUACCUCUGUCACUCCGUCACCGACGCCCAAGAAGUUCACGAAAGAUUCCUGCAAUCCCUCACCUCCCCCGACUCCCCGCCGACAGCGCUCGAAGAAGCCGUGUGGGAAUCGUACGCGCGGUUGCUGUACAUGCACGCGACCUCUGGCCAGCCGUUUAAGCCUGCCGUGUUUAGAGAGGUGCUGGAACGUGCGUUGGAGAGAUACCCGGUGAAUACCAUGAUGUGGGCCUUGUAUGGGUGGAAUGAGGGGAGGAUGAAGGUUGAGAUGAGGGUUAGGAGGGCGGUUGAUCGGGCUUUGAAUAGCAACCCAUCUCAUAUCCUCUGGACAUUCGCGAUUUGGGCCGAACUGCACCAGCGCCAAACCGCCAACGCCAAUAUCGUCCGAUCGCUUUUCGAGCGCGCGCUUGAUAGUCCGAGCGCUCGACAUUCCGUCUCGCUGUGGUACCUCUACCUCCACUUUGAAGCGAAGCAGGGCAACACGGCCAAAGCGAAGACGCUGGUUUUUAGAGCUGUAAGGGAGUGUCCGUGGUGUAAAGACAUCUACCUCCUCCCGUUUGGACUCCUCCGUGCCGAAUUCGACGACGAUGAGUUGGCGGAGAUGGCGGCGUUGAUGGAUGAGAAGGAGUUACGGAUUCGGGCGAGCGUUGGGUGAUUUUACUAGUGCGGAUGGGGACGAGCUCAUGGGUUCAGCAUCUGGAGCUGUGUGUGUAGCGUAGAAGCGUUACAGUUUCCCCCUCACGUAGGUUACACCCAAUCCCGUUGGGGUAACGUCUUUUGGUAUAUCGAUUCCCAUUCCCUGAAUCGACUCGCAAACAAGUCGGACGUCUCCCGGAACAAAACACAAACAGACAACAUGUUAGCAGGCAAUGUGCGGCA